AUGACGAGCUUCGUCUUGAUAACAGCUUUGUUUUUCUGUAGAUUCAGCUGGAUCUCUGUCUCUGGUUCUGAAUUUCAGACUGUGGAGGUCCAGUCUGGUGAAGAAGUCACACUGCAGUGCUCCAACAUUUCCAGAAGUUCAACGCAUACAGAGUGGUUCAGAGUGGUCAACAGAGCUACGUUGAGCUGCAUUGCCUCUAUGUAUGGAUCUAAUGGACAAGCUUUAUUCUGUGAUGGAUUUCAAAAUGGAAAAUUCAAUAUGACUUCCAACAACGUCGCCGUCUUUCUUCAAAUAAAGCCAGUGGAUCUGUCUGAUGCUGGGCUGUAUUUCUGUGGAUUUUUCUUGGACUAUCAUAUAAUUAUUUCCACUAGGGUAGAGUUGAGAAUUCAAGGUGGUGAAACCAGUGAAGGAGAAGAUUUUAAGACUGAAGAAGAGUCCAACAGAAUGACCCAACCAUUGAGCAUCAUCCUGGCUGGUCUGACUGGUUUACUCACUAUGGUGGUCAUUAUUCUGAUUUUAAAUAUCAGGAAACCUCAAACAGCUCCACAACAGCAACCAGAGCAAAGCAGUGAGAAUGUGGACUCUGUUGACCUGAACUCUGCAGUGUUGAGACUCCACCCACAAACACCAAGAAGCAGAAGGCCUGCAAUAGAGACACAAGUGGAAACUCAUGUUGUUUAUGCUGCCAGUGCAUAG